CGGUGUCUUGUUCGCACCAUCAUCGUGCUACCGUCACGCCAACAAUGGAGAAAUGGCUCCUGUUGAGCGUCUUCCUCGGGAUUUGUGCUCCGCUAACGCAUCAAGUGGUGCCAGAUGGGUAUUACGAGGAAGAACCCGACCCCUUGGAGGACGUUGAAGUCAGAGACAAAGACUUCGCGACGAUACCAAAACUGGAUCGGCAGACCGCAGUGUCCUUCAAGCUCUCGUCUUUCAUCAAUCACCUCCUCAAGGAAAAAAUCUCCCGACGAGAAAUGUUGGAUCCGUCACAACUACUGCGGAAAAACUUGGACGAUCCGUUGUUCCUGAACGACAUCAUCAUCGAUCAACAGGAAAUGUUCAAUUCGAUUCGGGCGAACUUCACGAAACUUCGCAUCAUUGGUCUUAAACACGCGGCUCUCGACAGGGUUGUGAUGAAUCUGUCGGGUCAGAAUUUGGUCAUCGAGGCUUCGAUACCCUAUGUUCAAGUCGUGGGCCGAUACAAUGUUUCCUCGUAUAUCGCGUUCGUCUCCCUCGAAGGCGCUGAGAGACUCACCCUAAACACGACAGGUCUCCAGAUAUCAGUGAAAGCACAUUUCUACAACAACGGCUCCACCUUGCAAAUCUCCGAAAUUGAAGCCAAAGCGGGUGCGGACAGCGUAGAACUCCAACUUCACGGACUUUCGUCGUGGGGGAGCUCGUUAGUGAGCCUGUGCUCGGACGUCAUAUUCGAGAAUAUCAAAGAUGGUCUGAUAGAAGAUUUGAGAAGUGGCUUCAAAGACCGAGCCAACGAGUAUCUCCGUCAACGAGUUUCCCUACCUAAAGAGUUCCAUUACCAUGAAGACGAGCUCCUCAUCGAUGCGCUCCUAUACAACGCGAAUGCCUACGUCUUGCUCAGCAGACACGAUCCCAUGAAGCUGCAACCGUACAUCGCGAAAAUAAAGCAAGAUCUCUACCUCACCGUCUUCUCGAGUGAAUUGAGACUCUACAGAGGCUACCUGAGCGGCCUCUCGACUAUGCGACGCCUCGGAGAUGUCCUGGCGGUUUAUAGCGGCAAAGACGGCAAAACCCUAUCUUUCCAGGCCGAUUUCGGUUUUGAAGGGCUCAAUGCUACGUACGAUUAUUAUGCACACGUAAUGGGCCUUGGACCCGUGGGAACGAUACAGAUGGAUGUGAAGAGGGUUGGCAUCCGACUCGAAGUGUCCCUUAGGCUGAAGAAAUACGCCCAGUUCGUCAUACGUUCGCUGGAGGUUUAUCAGGUCGAAGGCAUUGACACCACGGUGUCCUCCUUCUCCUCGAUUUUCUCUAAACCCUGGAACUUGUUUGCAGGGCUUGGGAGCGGAGAUCCAGCCACCGAGUUGAUUGUCAACGCGGUGACAGCUGCUUUCCGGAGUCAACUCUCGGGCUGGGUCGAAGAGAGCUGCAAGAGAAAUUUCCAGAAGCAACUCGACCACAUAAAGCUGGACAUGCUUCGCUGA